CAUUGUGGAGGAAGAAAUAUAAGAGGGCUCCCACGGAGAAAGAGCAGUCAGGCAAGUGUCCGAGCAACCGCUCCUGUUAAUUUCCACUGCUGUGCGGCACCGCGUGUGUUUAUGUGAGUGUGUGCUUGUGAAAAAGUGGUGCACGUGUGUAUCUGAGACAAGCGUAUAGUCUCUCCACCACAAAGGAAUAAAGUCUGACAGGUUUUUUUUUUCUUUUUUUUUCCCCAAAGAUAAAAGGAAGUAACGAUUGACUGAUUGGGGGGGGGGGGAGUUGAAGAGCUGCUGAAGCCUGGCUGUUCUUGAACCUGGAAACGGUGUUUGAUUUUCAGGUUUUUCGGUUGAGUUGUUUCCUCCACUCCGUCCGUGUACCACUUAUUUCCACCAAGGGGAGUCAAAAGGUGACUCUUGAACUGCUUGAAGAGGAAUUUCUACAGAGGCCGACAAUUCCUCUGAGUAAUUUUGGAUUUCUAUUCUCUUUUUUAGUUCAGUUGUUUCAUGUGCCAAGACAGAAUGGACACCGCACGUUUGCCAGAUGUAGACUACAAUCAGACCUAUGUGGAUGAUCAUUUUUACUUUGAGGACAAUAUUAAUGGCUUUGGCAUCACUAUGGCUAUACUCUACUUGGUGGUUUGCAUCGUGGGACUAGCCGGGAACUCCCUCGUCAUUUUAGCCAUUUUGAAAUUGGACAAAAUGUCGUCUUCCACAACUGUGUACAUUUUCAACCUGGCGCUGGCCGAUGGACUCUUCAUGAUUGGUCUUCCAUUCAUAGCGAGCCAGAACUUUCAGAAUCAAUGGAUGUUUGGCGACAUAACGUGCAAAGUUGUCAUGGUGCUGGAUGGCAUCAACCAGUUCACCAGCGUCUUUUGUCUGACAGUGAUGAGCAUCGACCGCUACAUGGCCCUGGCCAACCCUGUCCGGUUUGCCCGCUGGAGAAAGCCACGCUGUGCCAAGAUUGUUUCAGCGUUCUUGUGGCUGUUCUCGCUCCUCACCAUCCUUCCCAUGGCGCUUCACUUCUCAGCUGAUAAAGGCUUGUGUGUGCCAGACAUUAUUUCAGAUGCCUGGUGGCUCAGCAUCUUGUCUUACACCUUCGUCAUGGGGUUUGCUUUGCCAUUCAUGGUCAUGACAGCAUUCUACACGGGACUGCUGCUCACCCUGAGGUCCCAGCGGCUCAGAGCGACAACGCUGAACCACGAGAGCCACCGUCUAGAGCAACAGGUUACCAAAAUGGUGGUCGCAGUGGUGGUAGUAUUUGGGAUGUGCUGGCUGCCAUUUUACACGUUCAACUUCUGUUCCCUGUAUCAAACUGGCCUCGUCCAGACCUUCGCCAGAGCUUUUGAGUUUGUAGUCCUGCUGUCAUACUCAUGGAGCUGUGCUAACCCAAUUCUCUAUGCCUGCCUCUCUGACACGUUCAGGAGACACUUCCACACCCUCCUCUGCCCCGUCGCCAAGUCAUCUCCCAGCAUGCAGUGCGACACUGAACGGUAUGACUUAAAUGAUACAGGUGUUCGGGAUGUGACUAUUCUGGCAUGAAGAGAAGAUGAAAAACUGACCUACCAUUUUAUUCCGUGCACUGCAUGAUACUUUUCUUUAAUGUUAUUUACUCAUUUGAUGGUUUGUAGAAAUGUGAUAAAUCCUGACUUUGUUUUAAAUUUCUUCACUCAACUUGGAAUGUUUUGAUAAAAGCAUUAUUUGUCCCAAAGAAUAAAGUGGGACAUAUUUUUUUGCUGAGGUGAUCCGAUUUGCUGUCCUUCUGAGUGUGCGGUGUGCGGAUGUGUGUGUUAAUGAGUUGUGUUCAUCAGUGUCUCAAAAGCAAGCGUUUGAUCAGGGUUUACAUUUUGGGUUUUCACCAUCUUGUGCUGACCACACAUUUUACAGGCUGUCAAUCUUCCUGUCCAGCUGAAAAGCUUAUCCUUUAUUUUCCCAGUGGAAAUGAAAAAGAUUUUGUAUUUUCCUAUUUCUGAGGAAAAGUUUCUUUACCAGAUCAAGAAGCCAAAAAGGAAGAAUUAUGCUUAUCAACAAUUCAAUUUGACCUUUCAUAACUCUCUUCACGUGAAAAAUCCCCUGUCUUGAUAGAGUACAGACCCACCUCCUGCUCUGCCUGACUUAAUGCUGUUGUAUAAUUUGUCAUCUAAUAACUCAGACUGCUGAGCUGACCUGUUCUGCUCCAUCUCCUCUUAUAGUGCGUUUCACCAGGAUAAUGAAAAGAGAUGCGAGAGGGAUAAAGUGUAGACAGGUAGAGUGUAAAUAGAAAAACAUGAGCUACAUGCCUGUGGUCAAACAGCAACACAAAGACGCACACAGACAGCUUCUCCACUUCCACAGCUGGAUUAUGUCUUGGUGGCUUUAAGUGUAGCUGUCAGAUGUGUGUGUGUGUGUGUGUGUUCCUGGGUGGCCAUGUGUAAGAGCCUGUACACAUGCAGGUUGGGAACCACGUGCUGAAGGUUUACUGCUGUUUGCUACAGAGGAUUUCCAAAAGGGACCAAAAAGGAAAUGAGAAGGGUAAACUGUGAGCAUAUUUAUGCACUCCACUCAUUAUGAAGUGAACGGAAAACCUGCCAGCACUUCACAUGUGUGACAGUGAAUGUCUUAAUCUCUUCCUAAAUUGCUCUAAAAUGGAUUCUUUCACUAGAGUUGAUUUGUUUUUCUGCUCUUAGCUGAAAACCUGUGUCUAAAAGUGAGAAAUGCAAAAAUGACCCUUGGGUCUAAAAAAAAAAAGAAAAAAAUGUUGACAUUGUGACAGAAAGGGUCUCAUAAGAUCACACAGAGGCAUGUAAUGCAUCGGUUUUGGCUGAAAAUCACAGGAAUGUAGUAACUUUCAUGUAUUAGCAGUUUCACGCUUCCCAGUGAUGUUGCUUUGGAUUUAAGACCCCGUGUCAACCGGAUUUAUAUGCAUCGUGGGUGACUAGAUUUAAAACUGAGGAGAAAACACAUAAAUCAAGUAUAAACACACCCAAGAGCCACAGCAACUGACCAAUCAACGAACGGGAAAUGCAUACAAGGAAAUUUUUUGGAAGCAGAGGAAAAGUAAACAGAAGCCAGGGAGCAUAAACACCCUAGUCGAGAGUGGAAAACGAUAAUCUGUUUUGUAUGUUGUUGUUGUUUUUAAACUUUGUUGUUUUUAAAUUCUGUUUAUACUGCAUCUAAACUCACACACAAACAAAAAACACAUGUUUUGUAAAGCCAGCUGUGACACAAGUUCCACUGAGGCUGCUCACCAAGACGUGGGGCUGGCUCUUCACUUAUAUAGUCACUCUGUAUGAGCAUAUUUCAGAUGCUAUCGCUAUAUUGACUGUAAAUAAAAACAUUUGCUUGUAUUUAUAGUUCUUCGUGUAUUAUUUGCAUUCCUGCAGCCACAUUUCCGUGCAAAGGAAUGUGCUUGUCAGUGUGUUUCAGUAAUCAUUUCAUGUGGAAGAACAAUAAACGCACUUAUGACCUCCGCUAUGAGG